UUUGCGCUUGCGCUCUUUGUCAAAUUGGAAGAGGGAGUAGAAUAUCAUCUUUUCAGCUUUAAUUUUGCCGGUGUAUCCGUCCGAAUAUUGCUUAUUACCACUUCUUGGCCGAUUAUUAAAGGAAAAUGUCGGUACAAACGUUAUUGUUAGAUUUUUCUGUUGACCCUGCGCGAGUUGGGGAUGAGAGCGGUCAGAAAACUGUGUUCGGCCAAUUAGAGACCAUUCUAAAAGAAUAUGUACCAAAUCUUAUAUUAGCUGCUGAUAUAAACAUCGAUGGUGGGUCUUUAAAACUAUUAACUGGGAAAAAAGGGACCACAGUUUCCGUAAGAAUGUUUGACCGUGGUCUAGUAACUGUAAAUAUAGAAUAUUACAAGGAAGACACUGAAGAGCCACUAAUCAGUUUCAAGUGCUGUAAGCAACUGGAAAGUUCGGUGAAGUUAUCCAUGGACUGUGACAGACUCAAAUUAAUGCCAACUAUCAAACGGGGCUAUAAAUACGAUGUUUACCUUACUAGUUCAGAUGAGAGACUCCUUGAAUAUGACAUUGAUGGAGUUUUGUUUGACGAACAGUCAACGUUCCAAAGAGUUCAGAUUGUUCACUCAAAGUCACUUGGCAAUAUGUUGGUGUUGGACGACUUACAAAAUAUAUCUGAAGCUGAUCUGAUCUACACAGAAACUCUUAUGCAAAGGGGACGGGAGAGUUAUGAAGGCAAAGAAAUUGUUAUUUUAGGUGGAGGUGAUGGUGCACUUUUAUAUGAGCUGCUGAAAGAGAAGCCGAAGUUCGUAUGGAUGCUGGAAAUCGACGAGAUGGUGAUGCGCGCCUGCGACACUCAUCUGCGCUCCAUCUGCGGAGAUGUGCUCGAGCGCAGGAAGGGGGACAACUACGAGAUAAUUGUAGAAGACUGCAUGGUGACAGUGAACAAGUUCAUCAAGGAGAACAGGAAGGUGGACUACAUAUUCGGAGAUCUGACCGACAUUCCCAUAUCUGAGUCGGCGUGUGGUGAACUUUGGGAGUUCAUGAUCACCAUACUGCACGCCUCCUUCCAGAUCCUCAAGCCCACCGGCAAGUUCAUGACACAUGGUAAUGGAGCAACUUCACGUAAAUCUUUGGAGUUAUACGAGCAGGAGCUCGAGAAAUUAAAGCCACCGGUGAGGUUCACAAAGAGCAAGGCUUUUGUACCUUCCUUCCUAGAGGACUGGAUCUUCUAUCAAAUAUCAUUCAAGUCUACUGAUAACGGGGAUGCCUAACACACCAAACAUUAUAACAAAUGUUCCUCCAUAGUAUUUGAACUAAGUCAUACAAAUGCCAUACGCAUAGUUAAUACUUUAGUAUUAUUAAGUCUAAGAAUGUGUUUGAAACAUUUUGUGUACAGUAUUUCUUCUGAAAAGUUUACAAGAUUGAAGUCUUAUCACAAUCUAAGAUUUAAUUACCUCUCGAUAAUUUUUAUUAUUCAUGUAACAAACAUUUGUAUAUUGGAGCAAACAUUUGUCUACUUGAAUGACAAAUACCAUUUUGUGGAUUUUCUUUUGGACAGUGCAAUUUUAAAUAAAAUU